CUGUAUUUUAUACGAAUUUCAACAAGGAAGAAAUGCUACAGAAGCAUGUAGAAAUUUAUUGAAAGUGUUUGGUAAAGGUACAGUUUCUGAUAGGACAUGCAGAAGAUGGUACGAAAAAUUUGAAACAAGUGAUUUCGACCUUUCUGAUAAGUCACGUUCUGGGCGACCAUCUUUGAUCGACGACGAUGUUGUUAAGGCAAUGUUGGAGCAAGAUCCUUUUCUGACAACAUCAGAGAUCGCAGAAAGGCUUAAUUCAGUUCAACAAACCAUUUCUGACCAUAUUCGGAAGAUAGGAUUGGUGUGGAAGUAUUCAAGAUGGGUGCCGUCCAAAAAGAGGCCGGCAAUGUUCAAUAGGAAGGAUAUGAUACGAUAACGCACCACGAUAACGCCAGACCACACGCUGCUUUAGGGACCCGUCAAAAAAUUGCAGAAGUAGUGUGUAGUAUGUGUUAUACUUUGUUUGCAACAAUUUAUAAUUGAAAGUGGUAUGACUAAUUUGAUAUUUGGAGUUGGUAUAGGAUUGUUCCUUAUUUUAGUUCUUUGGGCUUUAGCUCUAUUGAUAUUUAUUAUUUCUUUAAGAAUUGAAAAAAAAAUUGGUAUUAUUGCUAUACUUAUAGUUAGUAUAUGCACAAUCAUUUUAAUUACAUUGCCAAGAGCAUCAGGAAAACCUAUUAUAAAUAAUAAAAAGAUAUAUGAUCAUUUAUUUAUUUGGCGUAUUUUAUUACUCAUUUUAUUAAUAAUAUCAUCUAUAAUUGGUUUAAUGGGAUAUAUUAAAUUUGUAAUAACAGAAUCUAUCAGACCAAUUCGAAUUAUUAAUUGGUUAUAA